CGCCAUUGAAGUGUGCUCGAGAGUCGAAAGUUUACACGUGCAGUGUAUAAUUGUAAACAUCAAUUUUGCAACAUACACGUAUUUCAAUCAGGAAUUUUACCAUUUUGUUUGCACUGCAGAGACAGCGGUUGCACGAUCAACGUGUGUGAGUGUCGCCCGAAAUGCCAGGCGGCAAACGAAAAAAGCGAAGGAUGGAUUCAGAUGUGGAGGAUAUGUCUGAUGCCAGUGAUGUGGAAACAUCAUCACCAAAAAAGAAAAGGAAAAUUGAAGAGAAACUUUAUGAAAGAAACAGAUCAGACCCAGCUGAAUGGCCUGCUGAGGAUAUCCUGCAGCUGUUUGAGAGGAUUGAACAAGUCCUUCCUAAGCCUGAUGUGUUACGAUACACGUUGUGUGGAAAAAAUCAAUUGGGAAGAUGUGAAGUUUGGAGAGUACUCAAGCCAGGACUGUGCAGAUGCGUUCAACUUGAUGCUCAAAAGGGUUCGCCAGUACCAGACUGCCACAGACUAUCUGAACAACAUGAGGUGUAUGUAUGAUAGGCAUCCCAGGCUGUUACAAGGACAGGUGCAACGCAUGCCCAAAAAGCCAAGGAGUGUCUACUCUAUGUUCAUGCAAGAAAAGAUUAAGAAACUACAUAAAAAGAACCACAACAUGAGCAUGCCUGAAGUGAUGAAGAUCAUUGCUGCACGAUACAAAAAUCUGUCUGCCAGGAAGAGGCAAAAGUAUCAAGAUCGAUUCGACCAAAGCAUUGAGGCUUAUAAAGAAGAACUUGCCAAGUUCAAGGAGGAUUAUCCAGAACUGGUUUCUGCUGAAAUGAAGAUGCCAAAAUGUCCAACACCAUUGUCUAUGUUUUUCGAGGACAGAAUAGCAAGGCUUAUGGAUGUCGACCCUGAGCUGAAACACAAGGAGGCCAGUGAUACAGCAAUGAGGAAAUGGAAAAAGUUGAAGGAGAAGAAGUAUUUGAAGUGGAUCAGACGAGCAGUGAAAGCAUUUGAAGAAGACUAUAAGCCCCAAUGUAUGCCGGGGUCAAACCAGAGGAUACACCCAGAGUUUGUCCCAAAGUCGACCUGUCUGAAGAAGUCAGAGCAGAACUUGUUUGAAAUUGCCGAGGGGAAACCGAUUAAACCGCCACAAAGUGGACUGGGAGCAUACCAGAAAACUCGUUGGGCAGAGCUGAGAGACAGUGGGAAGAGCUUCAGUCAUAAUGGAAGGAAAAUAAUCUGUGAAUGGAAACAGAUGAGCCCCGAGGAGAAGGAUGUCUAUAACAAAGAGGUCAAACAGGUAUGA